AUGUUCGUCGCCGGUCUAUGGUCUUCCUCAGGUCGGGAUCGCAGUGCUUCCAGUGCUUCAGCUUCGAAUGUAGCCGGACCUAGCUCCAGAGGACGUGCUGGGACCAUCACCAGCUCGGACCCUGCUGUCACUCUUGCUCAAGCCCCACUCGCGGCUUUCACUUCGCCAAGGAGCCUACAGAGAGGUUUGCCGUCCAGUCCACCUGCAGUCAGGUCACCACCAUUGGGGGGACCCACUUCUCCCCGCGAGGACGAGACCGAGUCUACGCUCGGCAAGGAUGUUCUCGCGGUUCCGGAUGACAGUAACAACAGGGGACUUGCGGAACAGGCGACGGAAGGAUCAGAACGAGAUGUGGAAUUUGAAACUCUUCUCAGUGAUUUGCGGGGAUCACUGGAAGGCUUAGGAGAGAAAACGAAAGUAUGGCUUCCAUACGACAAGAGAAAGAACUUUCGAAUAGUCAUGGUGGAUAAGGUAUCUCGCAAAGCUCCACCACAAUCGACAGUUGAUCAAGCUCCUCAUUCGACACUCUCACCUUAUACGACGACCUCACCCAUGUGUCCUGAUGGUCUUAUCUCACCCAUUUGGAUCCGCAAACAUGCUGAAAUGGUCCCUUCAGUCUUUGUCCUCUUUCUCAGACUUUACGAAGUCCAGAGCCCCUCUCCAGAUCUCAGUCCGGAACAUCAGAAUGCGUUCAACGCCGAAGAGAAGCAGAGAGAAAAGGAGCUUGAUGAGAUGAUGAUAAGGGAGAUCGCUGAUCGACGACGUCGACUUGGUGAGCGGGGUAUCAAGCUUACUGUCGUAUUAAUGGCGAGUGCUAUUACUUUGGAUUCUCCAACCCUGGAUGCUCGCUUGUCGCAUCUACGGCGCUCUUCAUCUCUCUCCUCAAAAGCGUCUCUCUUUGUCCUGACUCCUGUCCCGGCUGAUCAGCUCGCCGAAUUUGUGGCUUCCCUCCAAGAGUCGCUGUACGACUCAGCCAUGGAAUACUAUGCCAAUCACAUCAAAAAGAUCCGCAGGAAACGUGGUCGUAUCGCAGGGCUACCUCAGUUCACGCAGCCUUCCGUGCUGAAUGGGGGGAUCAAGAUGCUCGGACCACACGGAUGGGCCGUGAGAUAUGAUUGGAAAGCCGCUUGGUUUUCUGAGAUUCGAGGAGAUCUGGACAUUGCACGGAGAUACUAUGAGGAAUGCUGGAACGAAUUAGUCCGAAUGUUCAGUUCAACACAAAUCUUACCGCCGAGAAGUAAACGUUGGGCAGAGGCCAAAGUCUUAGCAGACUGCGUAGCGAUCAGAAUUUGUCGACUUUGGUUAUACAGCGGCGAAAGCACAAAAGUUCUCGAGCCUUUUAACCUGCAUUUACACCGAUUUGGUGAUCUAUCCCGUGGUUGGGGUAUCGGUGAAGAGACUUAUGAGUUUUGGUCUUGGCUCUCUCGAGAAUAUCGCAUUUUUGCGGAGCUUCUGGAGGAAGCAGUCAAACAAGGUCACCAAAUCACACCCUCGGCAUUACCCACUUUCCCCACUCCACUCGCUGCAGCUCAUCCCCCAACACCUGACUAUUAUGCCACUCCAACCUCUUCUGCGAAUCCUUUAAUGUUCCUUCAAGGACCUGCAUACUACUACUAUACGGCGGCGGCUUGCUCGGUGGAACGCAAGCGGAAGUUUGAAGAUGCGCUCUCUGCUGAGGUAUGUCCUUAUAGUAAUACUCCGGCUCCGGGUUUGAAUACUGAGAAGACUGUUGAUCAUGCUGCUUUGAUCGGGGAGGUAAGUCGAAUAUAUGCAGAUGACCGUAAGAAACGGGAGAGACGACCAAGUCGAGUGGCCCUGUAUAUGUCAUUUCGGAUGGCGGAGGUGUAUUGUCAGGCUGGACAGUAUGAGAUGGUCAUGAGUCACUUCGAUAAGCUCGCCGAGGAGUUCAGACGUGACGGCUGGCCCAUCGUCGUCCGACAGAUCCGUGAACUAUGGUACGAAGCAGCACAACGAACAGGUAACGUCGAAGUUGCUGCUCGUCUCCUCUGGGAGAUGCUAGCACCUUCAAGUGGAGUGGAGACCGAAGAUCGCUCUGCACUUCAAGAGGAUAUCCUGUCACUUCUGCGGACGACCAAACCAUCUACUGCGGAACCACUUAUAGUGACAUUUGUUCCAUCUUCUGCGUUUUUGGACAUCAAAGCUGGCUUCUGGGAGAGGACAUGUCAAUCUGGACAAACAGCUCCAUUUCAGAUCACUCUGGCGUGUCCGGAAGAAGUCGACAUUUCCAACAUACGAUUCACCAAGCUCAAGGUUGUCUUCUCUGACGAGAAGUUCAAUUCAACAGUUGUGGAUUCGCCAGAUAUCACCGAAUCCGUGACCCUACUGGACCUAGGUAUGAUUCAAGAGAAGUCUGAACUAGACACGAUUCAGACGGCGCUACGUUGGACGCCGGGGCACAAACUCACCAUCCAUGGCCAAGUUGGCGGUGUGGCCGAUUCCGAGAUCAAAAUCACGUCGGUUAUUCUCGAAUUGAAAGAGUCAUCUUGGGACAUACAAAUCGUCUUCACUCCCGAUUUGCUAGACGAAUGGUCAACCCGGACAGACCCCCUGAUACCACUACAAGAAUUAUCUCCCACUAUCUCAUUUAUUCCUCGACCACAUAAUCUCGAUGUGGAAAUACAAUAUCAUCCUUCUGGCUAUGUCGACGAAGUUCUACCCAUUAUGAUCAAAGUGACGAAUCCUGAAGAUGUAGACUUGGAGAUUCAGAUGUCUGUCUUACUACAGUCCGGUGAACCUGGCGACACGUCGACAAUCACAUUCGACCGAAAAGAAUCUACAAACCCACUUCAAAAUCUUCCUCUGGGUAUCUUAUCACAAGGAAAUCUUGAGAAGAUACUUUACCUUCGUUGUCCUAAACCCGCAAGCAAAACAAUAGAGAUCUCUAUCCAAUCUUCCCUUUCCUCAUCAUCUGAUAAGACGAUGGAAGAGAUACAAAGAACAUUAAUCAUACCCUUCCUUUAUCCUUUCAUGUUAUCUUCCACCGUUCAAGUACACGAUACCGAUUUAAGUGGACGAAGUGCAGUGAUAUCAAGCGUUAUUUCAUGUCCUGGACCUAGACCUUUACAUGUGGAAAGUUUGAAAAUACAAUCUUUCGGAAAUGAAGAGAUAACAUAUACGAGUAGUUCUUUGGAAGUAGAACAAUUUCCUCAGUUAUGGGAUCAAGAUACAGCUUUUUCUCUUGUGGCAAAGUUUGUAUUACAGCCUAAAACUAGGAGAAAUUCAAUGGUUUUAGGUGGUAUUCCCGCCGAAUUGGUAUUCCAAUGGAGAACCGACUCAUCAUCAUCCCUUAUUCAAAGUUCUCUUCUCUUCCCUCCUAUAUCUCUCCCUCGACAUACACAAAUAUCCGCUAUAAUCUCUCAUCCUCCAUCUGCAUCCCUCAUUCAAUCAUUCAACCCCAUUCUAACAUUGAAAAAUCACACGCCACGUCCUCAUGUACUAAACGUAUUGGUAGAACCGACCGACAUGUUCGUAUGGUCCGGUCCUAGAAAUAUGCAUGUGACGGUUGGUGGUGGGGAAGAGAAAGAGGUGGGGUUGAUAAUGCGGAUGAUAGGACAAGAAGGAUGGAGGAAGAUACCGAAUGUCAGGGUAUGGGAAGAAGGGAUAGGAGGGAGAAGUGAAAUUGUUGUUGGAGGUAAAGAAGGGAAGGUGUUGGUUAGACCAUGA